AUGCCCAACUGCUUUAUCUAUCUAUCUAUCUAUCUAUCUAUCUAUCUAUCUAUCUAUCUAUCUAUGUAUCUAUCUAUCUAUCUAUCUAUCUAUCUAUCUAUUUCAGUCUCAUCAUCUCCUGCCACGCUAUUCCCCGCCUUCAUCAUCAUCAUCAUCAUAAUUCUUUUAAAUUUCCUUCUGUGUCUUAUUUUUUCCCUUUACUUCAUCAUCAUCAUCAUCCUCAUCAUCAUCGUAUUCCACUUUCCUACACUUCUUUCUCAUAUUCCUCUUCUUCUUUUCCAUCCUCUCCUUUUUUUUCAACAUCCGUUUUUAACUUCUUCUUCUUCCCUCGCCGUCCUCCUAUUCUUCUUAUCAUAUCCUACUUUCUCUACAUCUUUUUCAGCCAACUUUCUUCUUCUUCUUCUUCUUCUUCUUCUUCUUCUUCUUCUUCUUCUUCUUCUUCUUCUCAUUUCCUCCUUCCUAUACAACUUUUUCAGCUUCCUCCUCCUUCUUUUUUCCUUUCUCCUGUUCUUACCAUAUCCUCCCUUUACACCUUUUCAAAAUCCUUCUUCUUCUUCUUCUUCUUCUUCUUCUUCUUCUUCUCAUUUCCUCCUUCUUUUUUCAGCUUCAUCCCCCUCCUACUUCUUUUUCUUUUCUCCUCUUCUUAUCGUACCCUCCUUUUACACUUUUCAACAUCCUUCUUCUUCUUCUUCUUCUUCUUCUUUUCUUUUUCAUCCUCUUCUUUUUCUUCUUCCUCACCUCCAUUUAAGCACCCUUUUUCUUAUUCUUGAUCUUAUUUUUGUUCUUGUUUUCUUCUUCUUCUUCUUCCACUUGUUCUUUUUCUCUUAA